GCGCGGUCCUUCCGGAACAGUCCCGGGAGCGGGGCCGGGAUCGAGGCCCGGGAGGGAGGCCCGGGAGCGGGGCCCGGGAGCGGGGCCCGGGCGGGCGGGAGGGCGCGAUGUCGGGGCUCCUGCACACCACGCUGAGCGGGCUCAACAGCGACUCGUACUGCGAGAUCAGCCAGUACCGCGACCAGCACUUCAGGGGCAGCAGGCAGCUGCAGGAGAAGUCCCUGAAGAUCUCCUCCACGCUGUACGUCGGCAACCUGUCCUUCUACACCACCGAGGAGCAGAUCCAGGAGCUCUUCUCCAAGUGCGGGGAUGUCAAGAGAAUUGUCAUGGGUCUGGACAAGAUCAAGAAGACCCCCUGUGGCUUCUGCUUUGUCGAAUACUACACGAGGGCAGAUGCCGAGCACGCCAUGCGGUUCAUCAACGGCACGCGGCUGGACGACCGCAUCAUCCGGACCGACUGGGAUGCUGGGUUCAAGGAGGGGAGGCAGUAUGGGAGAGGAAAGACUGGAGGACAGGUGCGAGAUGAGUACCGGACAGACUACGAUGUGGGAAGAGGUGGCUUUGGCAAGAUCAUUCAGAUGCAGAAGGCAAAUCACCAGCCUGCAAUCUAUUAACUACUGUGUGGUUCCUAGGUCAUAGAGGGCUCUGUCCUUCCACAGCUAGCCCUGUUGUCGCAUUUGGGAUCGGGGUAUGGAGUGAGAUCCAAGUUCCAGCAAAAGGUGGCCCUCCUUAGACUGUGGAUAUACAUGUAUUCAUUCUCCCUUCCUUCUGAGCUAGAGAGGAUGUUCUGUGCUGAUACAGGGCAACAAGGGAAAAAAAAAAAGGACAGCUCUGCAGGAUUCUGGGCAAGAAGAAAUGCAGCAUGUCACACACACCUUAUGCUAUGACAUCCUCUUCACGUUGCAGCUAAAGCAGGUGGCUUCCUCCAAGCUACAACUGCAGCCAUGGUUGCUUUCAAAUGGGACAUUUUAAGAGUUUAGCACCAUCUGAGCCCUCCAGGUGCCUCGUGGGGAUGCACAAGAGAUUCAGGUUUCUGAUUUACAACCUCACCUGCUUAAAAAGCAGUAUCACUGUUUGGAUGAGAGACGUGGAACAAGUCUUAUUAUCCACUUGGAGGUGCUUGUCUGCACAUCUAGACCUUUGUUUGGUCAGGGCCUGCAGAGCAUUUCUCCUUGUGAUGCCCCAGCGCUGCCUGGCUUUUCAGAUCCUUGCUGUUCAGUGUGAUUUUGUUAAAAAGUUUCUGUUAAUUUUUUAAAUAAACAGUUGUAUUGGC